CGCGUGCGGCCUUCCGGGAGGCGGGUGCUUUGGGUUGCUGUCCCUCAGUUUAGGGGUGACACUCACUGGUGGCCCCCUGCUUUCCGCCCAGCUCCUAAAAGCAGACCUUGCAGACUUCUCGGGGCUUCCCGGUCGCUUUGCUCAGGAAGCCUUCGGCUGAAAAGGCGUAGAUCAGGGCUGCCUCGGUCCUUACCACUGCGACCUGGGCGCAUCCACUGUCUCAGGCUUUUUUUUUUUCAGACGAAUGAAUUGAACAGCAUCCGUUUUUAACUGCGUUCGCGGGCUUUUAGAAGUCUCAGGGUUUCUGACCCUCAAACUAUUACAGUGGGUCCUUAGGCACUCUCCCACUCAAUCACUGUUUAAAUCAUCACUGUUUGAACGAACGGCGCGUUGAUUUUGGUGCCGGAUUCACUUAAGUGGUUAGUGGCAGAUUCGUAAACUGCAUUUUAGAAAGGUUUAAUAAAUAGUAUGGUGGUGGUCUCUCCACUGGACAGAGAACCCGUCAUAAACUAGACUCUAGUGGUAGGUGUUAUAUUCCUGUAGCCGGCAAGUUCUUCAAGCCUUAGACUCACUGACAACACAGCCUUUGCCGACUGGACUGCACUCCGAAUGUUCAUGUAGGGCUUCAUCCCGCUGCAGCUUCAGUCAAUUUGCAGCAAGUUUCUGAAUCCAACUCUUAGAUUUGGCCUGGAUUCAGUUGUGAUGCCUGUGGUAAGCAAAGACAACAGGACAGAUUUUCUUCCAUUUGUAUGUGAUGGUUGUUCGGGAAUAUUUUGCCUUGAACACAGAAGCAAGGACUCUCAUGGUUGUCCUGAGGUGAAUGUAAUCAAGGAGAGACCGAAGCUAGAUGAUCACAAACCUUACUCGUGCUCAUUCAAGGACUGUACUGAAGUAGAGCUCGUGGCAGUGAUAUGUCCUUAUUGUGAGAAGAACUUUUGCCUAAGACACCGUCAUCAGUCGGAUCAUGGGUGUGAAAAACUGGAGAUCCCAAAGCCGCGAAUGGCUGCCACACAGAAGCUUGGCAAAGACAUUAUUGACACCAAGGCAGGAGGGGCAGUAAGUAAAGGCCGGAAAGGCGCGAAAACCAGCGGGACAGCCGCAAAGGUGGCUCUGAUGAAGCUAAAGAUGCAUGCUGACGGGGACAAGUCACUGCCACAGACAGAAAGAAUUUACUUUCAAGUCUACUUACCAAAGGGGAGCAAAGAGAAGAGCAAAGCCAUGUUCUUCUGCCUCCGCUGGAGCAUUGGGAAGGUGGUGGACUUCGCAGCUUCCCUAGCCAGUCUUCGAAAUGAAAACAACAAGCUGACAGCCAAGCAGAAGCUGAGGCUGUGUCACGUCCCUUCAGGAGAAGCCUUGCCCUUGGAUCACACUUUGGAAACAUGGAUCACUAGGGAGGACAACCCUUUAUAUAAUGGUGGAAAUGUUAUUUUGGAAUAUCUUAACGAUGAAGAACAGACUUUGAAAAAUGUUGACUCUUACUUGGAAUAGUCACUCAAGAAUUAGAGCCAGAAUUUACAAGUAGAAAUCAUUCUGUAUAGAUAGUUGAUUUCUUUUACUAUGGAUAUUUUUUAAAAACUCUAAAAGUUGCUUUUUUAUAAUUUAUUUCCAUUAGAUCAUAAUUUAUAUCAGUAGUUUUCUACUAAGUUCCAGGUUUUUUGUUUUGAAGUUUAACUAUGUACUGAUAGUUAUGGCAAAAUAUAUAUAUAUAUAUAUUUUGAACUGAGGACCGAACCCAGGGCC